AUGGCGACAAAGACUUUGGAAGCUCGUUUUGAGCAUUUGUCGGUGAACGACGAGAAUGAGCCUUCAGGGAAAGGUCUCUCUAAACCCAAGGGCUCUCUUUCAACGGCAGUGUCUAUAUCGGGUCUUGGGACUUCAGCGCAGCAGUCAACUUCAAAUCGGAAUCAUAUGCUGAAAUAUGCUCUGCAAAAUGCGAAUGAAUCGAAAACAAAUGCAAACCCACCUGCUUCGCCACAUCGUAAAGACCAGCAGGGAGUUCAUACCUCCAGCGGAACUCGAGUUUCUGACGAGAAUACGCAGCAAAACGCACCUGUUCUCUACGAACAGCCCGCGCCAAAGAAAUUACAUCUGGGUAUGUUCGAGAUUGGCAAAGCCCUAGGAAAGGGGAAGUUCGGUCGAGUCUAUCUUGCCAAAGAACGAUCUUCCGGCUUUAUCUGCGCUCUCAAGGUUCUCCACAAGUCGGAGCUGCAGCAGGGCGGUGUUCAGAAACAAGUCCGGAGAGAGAUCGAAAUCCAGAGCAACUUGCGACAUCCAAAUGUUUUACGACUUUACGGCCAUUUCCACGAUAGCAAACGUAUCUUCCUCAUUCUCGAGUACGCUGGUAAAGGUGAGCUUUACAAGCACCUUCGGAAAGAGCACCGGUUUCCGGAGUGGAAAGCAGCUCAAUAUAUUGCACAAAUGGCGGCUGCCCUGAAAUAUCUGCAUAAAAAGCACGUCAUACACCGCGAUAUCAAACCUGAAAACAUCCUUGUUGGGAUUCACGGAGAGAUCAAAAUAAGUGAUUUUGGGUGGAGUGUGCACGCGCCAAACAGCAGAAGGCAAACUAUGUGCGGGACUCUCGACUACCUGCCUCCGGAGAUGCUUAAGCCAGGCUCGCAGGACAAUUACUACAACGAGAAAGUGGACUUGUGGAGUUUGGGUGUUCUUACAUAUGAAUUCCUGGUUGGAGAAGCUCCUUUUGAGGACACUCCCGUGAUGACCCAGAGGAGGAUUGCCAGAGGAGAUAUGACGAUUCCCUCUUUCGUCAGUCCCGAGGCAAGAGAUCUGAUCAAGAGGUUGCUCGUCCUCGAUCCUGAAAAGCGAUUGCCUCUUGAUGAAGUUCAGCAGCAUCCGUGGAUCAUCAAACAUUGUGUGAAAGGAGAAAGAGCUACACAACGAAGUUCCAAUUCCAAGGAUGGUAGGUCAUAG